AUGGAUCCCGCUAAAAUGAAAGUGGUCGAUCUACGAUCGGAACUUGGAGCCCUAGGCUUGGACACGAAGGGCAACAAGCCGGCAUUGGUGGAGAGGUUAAAAAAGGCGUUGGAGUCGAAAACUGGGAAAAAUCUCCCAGAUACUUCAAUACUAGACACAAGUACAGAGGAUGUUGAUGAAGUUAAUACACCACGCAAGCCAGCAUUGAGAACUACCAGGCGUACAUCGUCAUCCCGGUUAGCUGGAGGCACUCCUGCUAAGGUUGCUAGACAAGAACCACCUGCAGUUAUAGCAGAGAAAGAAGAAGUAAAAGAGCCGUCACCAGUAAAAGAAUUGCCACCUCCUAAGAAACCAGCAAAAGAACCAGCACCUGUAACUAAGGAAAUUCCCGUUUCUGAGCAACCUUUGGAGCCUGAAGAACCUGUUGCAACUAAAGAACCUGUUGCAACUAAAGAACCUGUUGCAACUAAAGAACCCGUUGCAACUAAAGAACCUGUUGCAACUAAAGAACCUGUUGUAACUAAAGAACCCGUUGCAACUAAAGAACUUGUUGCAACUAAAGAACCUUCCACCCCAGAUGAACCAACCUUACAAAAGGACCAACAACCUGAACCAUCCAAUAACCAAGAUAACAACAUCGAGACAUCAGAGCCUUCAGAACCAUUGGUGAAAGAAGAAUGUCCACCGAUAGAUGAACCAAUGGAAGUUGAUCAACGUGAAGGCAUACAGACAAAUGAGACCAAUAUAGAGGAAAUUGAAAAUAAAGAAGAGAAUGGUGAAGAGAACAGUAGCCAGUCAGAAAGAAGAAACGAAGAAUGGGCCGAUAGACGUCAAAGGGAACUGACAGAAGAAGAGGAAUGGGGAAUUCUAAAUGAAAAGCUCAUCAUCAAGGAGCAAGAGAGAAUUGAGAGAGAGAAGAAACAAGCUGAAGAUGAUGCUAAACGAUUUGAAGAGUUAAGUGAGGACCCCGUUAAGUUGCAGCGUUUAAAGCGCAAGUUUGAGAGGAAAGCACGUUGGAGCAACUAUUACAGAACUAUUGAAGUCACAAACGAAUUACUUACACCACCAGAAGAGGACACUCCAUUAUUGACAAAGAAAGACGAGGAAGUACAGAAGGUGGUGGAACCUGAAUUGAAUGACAAUAAAGUGACUCUUUCAUGGUAUGACAGUGAUCUUAACCAAUACUUGGAGCUGCCAGAGCUGAACUCCGUUAUUGCCCUAAGUGAGGGAGCCUUCUCUCAUGCAUGGGCUGGUGUGCGAGCUACACAUGGGGUUGUAGAUCAGAGGGUGUGCUUUGAGGUUCGCGUCGGCUCAAUUGUUACUACCAAUGAAGUUGCUGAUAAAGAAACGGUCCCCAACAAUGGAGUAAGGAUUGGCUGGUCAACUGCAGACUCGAAUCUACAUUUAGGUGACGGGGAGUUUAGCUUUGGUUUUGAGAGCACUGGUCGAAUUGUUAACAAUGGAGAGUUCAAGGAGUAUGGCAAAGCUUUUAAUGAAAAGGAUGUCAUUGGUGCAUAUGUGGAUCUUCAAUCUAACCCAUGCAAAAUAUUCUACACAUUGAAUGGUGUGGAACUUGGCAAUGCAUAUGAGUUUGACAAGGAGUCUCUUGGGGGAAGAGGUCUCUUUCCUCAUAUUAAUACAAAGAACAUGUGCUACAAAGUCAAUUUUGGAUCUGAAAAAUACAACCUGUUGACACGGACCAAACUAGUGCGCAAACGACUUGAAAUACCCAUAGCCGAAGUGCUCGAAGAGAAGAAAAGGAGAGAAGAGGAGAUCAGAAAACAAAAAGAGGAGCAGACUAGGAAGAGACAGGAACGACAGCGAAAGAGACGAGAGGAAAGAGAAAGAGAGCGUGAACGCAAAGAGAAGGAAGAAAAGGACAAAAAAGAAGAAGACCAACAUGAAGAUAAUGAAAAAAAUGAAGAGGCUGAUGGUAAUAAACCCAAAGACGAAACUAAGACAGAGGAGGAUACUAACAAUGAGAAUACGGUUGAGGCAGAAGAGAAAUCUGAAGUGGCGUUACAAGAAGAGAUUAAGAUGGAAGUUCAGGAUGAUGAGACCUCUAAGGAUGGAGAACCAAAACCAGAUUCAGGUGACGUCCCCGAGGUGAGUGAAGAGCAGGUGUUUGCUGGAAUCACUCUAGACAAGAGAGUCAAAUUCGUCAUCAGACACACAGUGGAAGAAGAAAUAGACGGCAGCGAGGCUUGUCUUGUACCUGGUUACGUGUUGAUUGCCCAGGCCGACCUCGUCGAAGGCCCGAGACGACCCAAUUCCACCGCCGAGUGCGAGGUUAUUCUGAUGGUGGGCAUGCCUGGCUCGGGCAAAACUUACUGGGCCAAGAAACACUGCGAGGCGUAUCCAGACAAACGAUACAACAUCCUCUCUACGGGUAUACUCUUCGACAAGAUGAAGGUGGACUGUAAACCGUUCCGAGCGAGCUACGAAGGCCGCUGGGAUGCGAUGGUCUCCAAGUGCGCCAAAUGCGUACUUAAAUUGUUGGAAAUGGCUAAGGGCCGGCGCCGAAACUUUAUCCUAGAUCAGACGAACGUAUACCCCUCGGCGCAACGUCGCAAGUUGAGAGAAUUCGAGGGUUAUCGAAGAGUAGCUGUGGUCGUCGUACCCGAAGCGUCGGUCCUCGCGGAGAGACAGGCCUCCAGGGAAACGGCUGACGGCAAGGAGGUGCCCGACCCUGCCGUCAUCGACAUGAAAGCGAACUUCACUUUACCGGAGAAGGGACCGUUCGUAGACGAGGUCAUAUUUGCAGAACUCGAUGAAGAGGAGGCGAAGAAAGUGAUAGAGGAGUAUCACAAGGAAGCUAAGGCGGCGGGAGUUGUGAAGGAGAGGGAGAAGAGGGAACGUUCGGCAGCGAGGGACUCGUCCUCGAAGAGGCCGCGUUCUGGGGAGAGGAGAAGGUCAAGAGACGACAAGAAACGGGACGGAGGCAGGGAGAGAGAUCGUUGGAGCAGUGGAGGAAGUCGUUGGGGGGCGCCUGGAAGUGGCGCAGGUGGUCGAGGCCCUGGAGGUGGACGAUGGGGUCCCGGGAACGGCGGUGGCUCGCGGGAAAGGAGCUGGCAAGGGCCACGAAACGACUUUGGUCGAGACCGUGACUUCCGACGAGGUCCAGGCGGCCCUGGAGGCCCAGGUGGUCCCGGCGGUCCCGGUCCGAUGGGUGGCAUGGGUCCCAUGGGGCCAGGCGCAGGGCCCCGUAAUGACCGCGGUCCGCGUGGUCCUAUGGAUCGAAACUUCCCUCGUGACCGCCCACAACUCAACAAUAGACCGCCAAAUCAAGGUGGCGCUAUGGGUGGUCAACAAGGAUCUUGGCAACGUGGAUCAGCUCAAAAUCAACGUGGUAACAACAGACCAGGACACAAUAGACCGCCGCCACAGAAGGACUCAGGCAACCAAAUGCAAAAUCAAAACCAAAAUCAAUCCCAAAAUCAAGCUUGGAACCAGUGGUCUGGAGGUUGGGGCGGAUGGGGAAAUUGGGGCAAUCAAAAUCCAGGUUGGGGUAACUGGGGCAAUUGGGGCUGGGGUAAUAACCAACAGCAGGGCGGCAAUCAGGGUGGAUCACAGCAAGGAGGCAAAGGUGCCGCCGGUCAGCAGCAAGGUCAAGGGCAAUGGGGCAAUUAUACCGCACAGCAGUGGUACCAGUGGCAGCAGUGGCAACAGCAGCAGCAAGGAUGGCCUGGAUAUAAUCAAUCGGGCGGAGGCACCGGUCAGGGGGGUGCUACUGCCGCUGACCAGGCACAGGCCUGGGCUCAGUAUUACCAGAAUUAUGGGCCAGGCAACGCGGCCGCGUCCACUACUAACCCAUCGAACGCCGUCGAAAGCAAAAAAUAA